CAAAUAUUCUGCAAAUUCACUACUUUCAUCAUGGAAAAAUGGAAAUAAGAGACCAAAAUUAAUUAAAUUACGAUAUUAGUGACGUCAGACACGUGAAACUUGUAAUUAUACAGUAGCAAUUUUAAUUAAAAAGAAAUUUCCAUAACAAACUUAUGAAAAAAAAAAAGGAGCCAGCUCUUAUUUCGUAACGAAUAAGGAGCUAUCUACGCUUCUUCUAUGCCUCUUCCACUUCUCUCACUAGAUUACCUCCACUUUCUCUCUCUACAGAUGAGGGGUCACCACUUCCACACAUACAAACCCCCACCGCCUCCUAGAUGACGACGACGACACACUUUCCGGCAGUUAUCGCCACUACCUUUUUAAUCUCCGUCGCCGUUUGCCUUCUUCCUCCGUCCGUCCAUGCACUCGGCGGCUCCGCCGCCACCCUCGCCGUAGUCUAUGGCUCCUCAACCACCGUCUGCACCAUAGCUGCGCAGAACCCCAUCCAGCAGAUUCAAUGCUGGCGGGACGGUCAGGUGCUGCCGCCCAUCCUUCCAACCAUCUCCUUCGACGCCGUCGCCGGCGGCCGCGAUACUCUCUGCGGCGUUCGCUCCGGCGGCUUCAGCCUCCUCUGCUGGAACACGACCUUAAACCCUAAGCGAAUUUACAACGACGCUUCGGCUCCGCUAACGUCUCUCGCAGUCGGCGACACUCAAAUAUGCGCGUUGAGGAACGUAACCACGGCGGACAAUGCAAUUUGCUGGCGAGAAAACAACCGCUCCUCCGCUCAAAUCCCCACCGCCAAUUCCCAAUUCCGUUCAAUUUCAUCCGGAUCAGAAUUCUCCUGCGGAAUCCGUGAGAUCAGCAAUCAGGUUUUCUGCUGGGGAGGUAAUGCUAUUUCCAAUUCGAUACAGUCAGAUUUCGCCAACUCUUCGAUGACAAAUAUUCAGGUCGGCGGCGGAAGUUUCGCCUGCGGAAUCAACACCACCGGAUUCGUCGUCUGUAAAGGGGAGAACGACAACGGACAACUAAACGUACCAUCAAACACCGCGUACGAAUACAGAGGGCUUGCCCUUGGGGCCAACCACACCUGCGCGAUCAGAAGAUUGAACCGCACAGUGGUUUGUUGGGGCGGAAAUGGCGAAUUCUCAACCAACAUCACCGAUGAUAUUUCCUUCGAAUCAAUUUCCGCAGGCCUGAAUUUCACUUGUGGUUUGACAACAACCAAUUUCUCUGUUAUUUGUUGGGGCCCCGGUUUUCCUAAUCGGUACUAUUCAUCAGGUUUUGAGCUUCCAUUGCAGAAGACUCUUCCAGGUCCAUGUGUUCACACUGCGUGUGAGUGUAAUGUGUAUCCUUCCUCUCAAACACUCUGUUCUGGGAAUGGUCAUAUUUGCAGGCCUUGUGACAUCCCCACUUCAAUCCCAUCACUUGGUCCUUCCCCCUCGUCGCCUUCUCCGCCUUCUAAAGGUCUCACAAGGGGUUUACUGGUUUUUGCCAUUGUCGGAUCGGUCGGUGGAUUCGCUGGAAUUUGCACGAUAAUUUACUGUUUGUGGACAGGUGUUUGUUUCGGGAAGAAGAAGAUUCAUAAUUCCGUUCAGCCAACGAUUACUGGUUCUAAUGGUGCUCAGCAAUCUAACAGCAGCCCACUUUCUCGAUCAUCGACACUUCGGCGACAAGGGUCUAUACUAAUGAGGAGGCAGAGGAGUGGGACAUCCUCGAAAAACACAGACAAGGCAGAGGAGUUCUUGUUUACGGAUCUUGUAGCAGCUACAAACGGUUUCGCCUUAGAGAACAAGAUUGGAGCAGGGAGUUUUGGUGUUGUCUACAAAGGGAAACUUCCGGAUGGUCGAGAAGUUGCCAUCAAGAGAAGCGAAACCUGCUCGAAAACCAAAAAGUUUCAAGAGAAAGAAACUGCAUUCGAUUCCGAAUUAGCUUUUUUAUCUCGUCUUCAUCACAAGCACUUAGUUAGGCUCGUGGGCUAUUGUGAAGAAAGAGAUGAAAGGCUGUUGGUUUAUGAGUACAUGAAAAACGGAGCUCUAUACGAUCACUUGCACAGCAAGAACAAUGUCGAAAAGGGCAGUAGUUUCGUAAAUUCUUGGAAAACGAGGAUCAAGAUAUCGUUGGACGCCGCCCGUGGCAUUGAGUACUUGCACAAUUACGCAGUGCCACCUAUAAUUCAUCGAGAUAUUAAGUCAUCGAAUAUAUUGCUAGACGAAAAUUGGACAGCGAGAGUUUCGGAUUUCGGGCUGUCUUUAAUGGGCCCGCCGGAGAACGAUCGGGAUUACAGGCCAACUAAGGCGGCAGGUACGGUUGGGUAUAUAGAUCCGGAGUAUUACGGGCUGAACGUGUUGACCGCAAAGAGUGACGUGUAUGGUCUUGGAGUGGUGUUGUUGGAGCUUUUGACGGGGAGGAGAGCUAUAUUCAAGAAUGGAGAAAACGGGGGUGAGCCGAUUCGUGUGGUGGACUAUGCUGUGCCGGCGAUAGUGGCAGGAGAAGUGGCCGGAAUAUUGGACGGGAGGGUGGGGUUGCCGGAGGUAAGGGAGGCAGAGGCGGUGGAAUUGGUGGCGUACACCGCGAUGCAUUGUGUGCAUUUGGAGAGCAGAGAUAGGCCUACCAUGAGUGAUAUUGUUGCUAAUUUGGAGCGAGCGUUGGCUCUGUGUGAUGACAGCCAUGGCAGCAUCUCUAGUGGUCCAAUCUCCAUUGUUUCCGAUUGACAAAAACAAAAUCAAUUUAUGAUUCUUUCUUUUAUA